GCCGGCCCGCCGCGCUGCACGCUGGGGGCUGUAGUCCGGCCGGACGUUGGUCAGGCACGGUGCCUCCCUCCCACCGCCUGCCGGUCUCGCCCCGCUCCGCGCUCCUCCCCGCGCCGCCGCCGGCUGUCCCUCCGCAGACGGAAGCCGAGGAGGGGCCGAAGGGGACCGGGGGGGGGGGGGGAGGCCGGAGGGGCGCGAUGGGGGACUCCAAAGUGAAGGUGGCGGUGCGCGUCCGCCCCAUGAACCGACGAGAGCUUGAUCUGCAUACAAAAUGUGUGGUGGAUGUGGAUGCAAACAAGGUUAUUCUUCACCCCGUAAACACCAACCUUUCAAAAGGAGAUGCCAGCAGGACCCAACCAAAGGUGUUUGCUUACGAUCACUGCUUUUGGUCUAUGGAUGAAUCCGUCAAAGAAAAAUAUGCAGGUCAAGAUGUUGUUUUCAAGUGCCUUGGAGAGAAUAUUCUUCAGAAUGCCUUUGAAGGCUAUAAUGCUUGCAUCUUUGCCUAUGGGCAAACUGGAUCAGGAAAAUCAUACACAAUGAUGGGUACUGCUGACCAGCCCGGAUUAAUCCCCAGACUUUGCAGUGGACUCUUUGAAAGAGCACAGAAAGAGGAAAAUGAAGAGCAGAGUUUCAAAGUAGAAGUAUCCUACAUGGAGAUAUACAACGAGAAAGUCAGAGAUCUUCUUGACCCAAAAGGAAGCCGUCAGUCAUUAAAAGUUAGAGAACACAGUGUUUAUGGGCCUUACGUAGAUGGGCUAUCCAAACUAGCUGUUGCUAGCUACAAGGACAUCGAGUCCUUGAUGUCUGAGGGCAACAAAUCUCGCACAGUGGCUGCAACCAACAUGAAUGAGGAGAGCAGUCGGUCCCAUGCAGUCUUCAAGAUUAUCCUCACCCACACACUCUAUGAUGUGCAAUCAGGGACGUCAGGUGAGAAGGUGGGCAAGCUGAGCCUGGUCGACUUAGCAGGUAGUGAAAGAGCAACCAAGACUGGUGCUGCAGGAGACAGGCUGAAAGAAGGAAGCAACAUUAACAAAUCCCUCACAACUCUUGGUCUGGUUAUUUCUGCCCUGGCAGAUCAGGCUGCUGGCAAGAACAAGAACAAAUUUGUUCCUUAUCGUGACUCUGUGCUUACUUGGUUACUUAAAGAUAGCCUUGGUGGCAACAGCAAGACUGCCAUGGUUGCAACAGUAAGCCCAGCAGCAGACAACUACGAUGAGACCCUUUCAACGCUUCGGUACGCGGACCGGGCUAAGAACAUCGUGAACCAUGCCGUGGUGAAUGAAGACCCUAACGCCCGCAUCAUACGGGAGCUCCGUGAGGAAGUGGAGAAGCUCCGAGAACAGCUCACAAAAGCAGAGGCUAUGAAAUCACCAGAAUUAAAAGAACGGUUGGAGGAAUCAGAAAAGUUGAUUCAGGAAAUGACGGUGACCUGGGAAGAAAAAUUAAGAAAAACUGAGGAAAUAGCACAGGAGCGUCAGAAACAGUUGGAAAGCCUUGGCAUAUCGCUGCAGUCUUCUGGAAUAAAAGUUGGGGAUAAUAAGUGCUUCCUGGUUAAUUUGAACGCAGAUCCAGCUCUCAAUGAACUUCUGGUGUACUAUUUAAAGGAGCACACGUUAAUAGGAUCAGACAACUCUCAAGAUAUCCAGCUAUGUGGAAUGGGAAUUCUUCCUGAACACUGCAUUAUAGACAUCACCCCAGAAGGACAGGUUAUGUUAACACCUCAAAAAAAUACUAGGACGUUUGUAAAUGGUUCUGCUGUUAUGGGUCCUAUCCAGCUACAUCAUGGAGACAGAAUACUGUGGGGAAACAACCACUUUUUCAGGCUGAAUUUGCCAAAGAAGAAAAAGAAGUCGGAUCACGAGGAUGAGGAACGAGACAACUCUAUGAAGUACAGUAAUAGUGCUGAGCAGCUGGAUGUGGACGGAGACAAUUCCAGUGAAGUGUCUAGCGAGAUUAACUUCAGCUAUGAAUAUGCCCAGAUGGAAGUCACUAUGAAGGCACUUGGUAGUAAUGAUCCAAUGCAGUCAAUCUUACAAAGUCUGGAGCAGCAACACGAAGAGGAGAAGAGAUCUGCACUUGAACGGCAGAGACUGAUGUAUGAACAUGAACUGGAGCAAUUACGAAGGCGAUUGUCACCGGAGAAGCAGCAUUUCCGCAGCAUGGACAGGUUCUCCUUUCAUUCUCCCAGCGCUCAGCAGCGUCUACGACAAUGGGCAGAGGAGAGAGAGGAAAUGUUGACCCACAGCCUGAGAAAGCUGCGAGAGCAGAUUGUUAAAGCCAAUUUGUAUGUGAGAGAAGCCAAUUUUAUUGGAGAAGAAUUGGACAAGAGAACAGAGUAUAAAGUCACCCUCCAGAUCCCAGCUUCCAGCCUUAAUGCUAACAGUAAGAGAGGUGCAAUUCUCAGCGAGCCUGCCAUUCAGGUGAGAAGGAAAGGGAAAGGCAAACAGAUUUGGUCACUGGAGAAGCUGGAGAAUCGACUAGUAGAUAUGAGGGAUCUUUACCAGGAGUGGAAAGACUGUGAGGAAGACAACCCAGUGAUGAGAGCUUACUUCAGACGAGCCGAUCCGUUCUAUGAUGAACAGGAGAACCACAGCCUUAUUGGAGUAGCCAACGUUUUUCUUGAGUGCCUGUUCUACGAUGUGAAGCUGCAAUAUGCUGUUCCAAUCAUCAAUCAGAAGGGAGAGGUAUCCGGACGUCUCCAUGUUGAAGUUGUUCGGGUGAGUGGAGAGAUAGACGACAGGUUGGUUGGAGGUGAGGAUAGUCCAGAGAAUUCCAAUGAAAAUGACACUCAGGAAAGAAAACUUGUCUGCAGGAUCAAAAUACUUCAGGCAACAGGUUUGCCCCAGCACCUCUCCAACUUUGUGUUCUGCAAAUACACAUUCUGGGAUCAGCUGGAGCCAGUUAGCGUUGCACCUGAGGUGGAUCCUUCCUUAUCUCCCAUCAGCAAGGAGCCACGGUGCAUGGUUGUCUUCGAUCACUGCAACGAGUUUUCUGUAAAUAUUUCUGAAGACUUCAUGGAACAUCUGUAUGAUGGUGCUUUGGCAAUUGAAGUAUAUGGGCACAAGCAGAGUGGUGACCGGAAAAAUCCAACCCUGUGGGAUUUGGGAAUAAUUCAAGCCAAAACACGAAGCCUUCGUGACAGGUGGAGUGAAGUAACCCGAAAAGUCGAACUCUGGGUUCAAAUUCUAGAGCUGAAUGAGAAUGGGGAGUACUGCCCGGUUGAGGUGACUCCUGCCAAGGAUGUAUGCACAGGAGGCAUCUUUCAGCUCAGACAGGGACAAUCUCGAAGAAUUCAGGUUGAAGUGAGAUCUGUACAGGAAUCCGGGACCUUACCACUGAUGGAGGAAUCGAUACUAUCUGUGGGAAUUGGUUGUGUUCAAAUAAAACAUGCCAAGUCACAAAAAGUGCCUGAAAAUUAUCAGGAAGAAGAGGAUGAAAUGGACAGUUACCAGGAUAGGGAUUUGGAGAGGCUCCGUCGGAAGUGGCUGUGUGCCUUAACAAAGCGUCAGGAAUAUCUCGAUCAGCAAUUGCAAAAACUCGUUGGGAAGCCUGAUAAAACAGAGGACGAUGCGGAUCGGGAGGCACAGCUUUUAGAGAUGAGGCUAACACUCACUGAAGAAAGGAAUGCGGUGAUGGUGCCUUCUGCAGGCAGUGGGAUCCCUGGAGCUCCAGCAGAGUGGACUCCCGUGCCUGGUAUGGAAACUCACAUUCCUGUUAUUUUCCUUGACUUGAAUGCUGAUGACUUCAGUUCCCAAGAUAACCUUGAUGACCCAGAAGCAGGUGGGUGGGAUGCUACCCUUGUUGCAGAAGAAGAGGAGGAAUUUUUUGAACUGCAGAUUGUAAAACAUCACGAUAGUGAGGUGAAAGUAGAGGCCUCGUGGGAUUCCACAGUCCACGACUGUAUCCAGCUCAGCAAAGGAACAGCAGCAGAUGAAAGAGUUUACCUUAUUGUGAGAGCCACUGUCCAGCUCAGCCAUCCUGCGGAGAUGCAGUUGGUGUUACGCAAACGCAUCUGUGUCAAUGUUUAUGGCAGACAGGGUUUUGCACAGAGCUUCCUCCGAAGAAUGUCUCACCGAAGCUCCAUUCCUGGCUGUGGUGUCACUUUUGAGAUAGUCUCAAAUAUUCCAGAGGAUGCUCAAGGAGCCGAAGAGAGGGAAGCACUAGCCAGAAUGGCAGCAAACGUUGAAGAUGCAGCUUCAGCUGACUCUGAAGCCUAUAUUGAGAAAUACUUGCGGAGUGUGCUGUCUGUAGAGAACAUUCUCACCUUGGAUCGUCUGCGCCAGGAAGUUGCUGUAAAAGAGCAGCUAAUGGGAAAAGGAAAACUCUACCGGAGGAGCCUGAGCUCUCCCAAUGUGAAUCGGCUUUCUGGAAGCCGCCAAGAUCUAGCUCCUCCUUAUAACCUGAGCAGUAACCGGAGUCCAAAGGUCCCAGCAGAGGGCCGAUGGGAAAGUCAGCAAGAUGUAUCCCAAGGUGCCGCAAACACCAGCAGAGGCAUUAGUCCAUCUCGUACCUCUCUGCCAGGCUCUGGGCAGCAAAACCACUCUCCUGAUGCAGGCCUUGGUAGCCUCGCUGCUUCCUACCUGAAUCCUGUCAAGUCCUUCGUGCCUCAGAUGCCAAAGCUGCUGAAGUCUCUCUUUCCUGUUAGAGAUGAGAAAAAGGGCAGGCAGACCUCUCCUCUUGCACAGCAGUCUGUCCCACGAAUUAUGGUUCAGUCUGCCAGUAUUGAUGCCAGUGCUGCGAAGAUAAAACAGAUCAGCCAAGAGGAGGUAGGGAAACGGCCCCUCGAAGCUGCAGUACAGACGUCGGAGGCAGGAAAGAGUCCCGAAAAGACAACCAAAGUGCCUUUGCAGCAGCCCAUGGGAGAUGCCCAGGCCCAGGACUCCCAGGAAGGGCCUCCAAGCCCUCUGAGUGAAGCCUCCAGCGGGUAUUUCUCUCACAGCGUUUCAACAGCCACCCUCUCGGAAGCCCUCGCAGCUGGAAGCGAUGCCGUGGUUCAGCCAGGGGGACAAAUUCCUACCUCGAGUGACUUCCCAGCUCCUGCUGCGGCUCAGGCCUCGUCUUCUGACGUGCCAGGGCACUUGGACAGCUCUACAGAAAGCCGCCUCGGCAGUAAGAGAGAGAUUCAGCCCGUCUCCGGCCUUCAAAGCGCUCACACGAGACCAAAAGACAGCCCUGAAGUGAAUGGCAAUGAGGCUUUGAAAUCCAAAUUGUGUGCAUCUCCUGUGACUCAGAGUGAGCAGGCAAGUGAUGCCCUUGUAGGCAGCGAUGCAAAAAGCGCCUUUCCUACCUCCUCUCCAAAGAAGGAGCUAUCCAAACAGUCGGUGGAGUCAGCAGGACAAGCUCUGAGGAAAAAGGAAACAGCUUCUGGGGCUUCUGAACUGGGCUUUCCCAAAUCCCAAAUCCAUCCCAACCAACCGUCCCAGCCCGCUGUUGCAGCCUCCCCCUUCAAAAUCCAGAAAGUCAAGACAUCAGAGCUCAAGUCCUUUACGAGCAUGCUGGGGACGGAUCCCCCGUGUCCUCUAAACCCAGAAGAGCAGCAAGAAGGAGAAAAGAGCGCGUUGGCCGCCCGCGGGCUGAACCGUAACGGAUCGGAGACGGCGGAAGAAAAACUGGAAGUGAUUUCCGACUCUGAGGACGCCAAUGAAAUUCCCGAGUGGCUGAAAGAGGGAGAAUAUGUCACAGUCGGUGCAAACAAGACAGGCAUCGUUAGAUACAUUGGGCCCACAGACUUUCAGGAGGGAACGUGGGUUGGUGUGGAACUGGACUUACCCUCAGGUAAGAACGACGGCUCCAUCGGUGGAAAGCAGUACUUCAGAUGCAACCCGGGCUACGGAUUGCUCGUGAAACCGGGCAGAGUGAAGAAGGCCACGGGACCGGCCAGGAGACGGAGCACGGGGCUGAGGGUGCAGGGAGGGGCGGCCGCCGAGAACAGGAGGAGCGGCAACUUCUCCGGCUCGGCUUCCAACCUGGCGUCGCUCACAGCCCUGGCUAAAUCGGAAGGAGGAGCCCCGCUUCGCCUGGAGAAGAGCCAGAAAAACGCUGAGAACAGGAAAUCCUGGGCAAACUGAGACAGCCCCCCCACACCGCAGCCGCCUGCACCGCAGCCCGGGGAGCAGAUCUGACGGCUUCGGGAAGCUGAAGCAUCCCUGCGAACUCCUGGUUUGUGGCAAACACUAAUGAAGGGUCUUCUUUUAUUCUGCUUGGGGUGAUUGACAUGUUAAUUCUUUGCCUUGUCACGGUGCUGGAUCUACACCCAGAGUUUCGUGAUGCUUGGGUGUACGCCUGAUGGCAGGCAGCGAAAGCUGGCGGCGGUGGGUGGCUGGAAGCUCGGCUCUCCUCCACCUUUCGGGGAGGGAAGAGAUGUGAAUUGUUCAAAUUACAGCUUGACUUUCCAGUAGCUACAAAACACUACCCACGUGCUAGUGCUUCUCAAAGUGCGACUGGCAAUUCUAAAGAAAAGUCCCCAAAAUAACUCAUUUUUUUUAAAUAAUUUUAUAAGAGCUGUGUCUGUCUCGCACAAUACAUAAUGAAAGGGCAAGGUAACGAUUCUGGACAGGCAGAGAAGGGAACGUAAAACUUUAUUUGCUUAUGAAGAACCCCCAAACCCCUUUGUUAAAAAGUUAGGUGAGCCAGGACCAGGACCUGCUAUGAUUACUGUCCUGCUGCCCUUCCCUCCUCCUGGGGCAGGCAGCACAACCCAAUUUAUUGCUGCUGUGUUGGAAACGAGAUGAGUCCCGUGGCCCGCUCUGCAAUAUUUCCGAUCCCUUCUUUUUGCAGAAGAGGGGAGUUGGGUGAAUUUGCUCUCUGUGAUCUACUCAAUGUGCUCACCAGGCCAGGAUCCUCUCUCCCCGUCCUUUGGGCCAGGAGGGUUUUUGCAGGGACCAGCACCGCAGCGCUGCCCAGUUCCCAACCCGACCCCGUGCUGCUGCCGGGGCUGCGCCUCCUGCCCGCUGCUGGAGGUGGGAGCACCCUGCCCAGCCUAUUUUUAACCCAGUUUUGCAAAAAAGGAUUCUGGUAACGGGAUGAAUCCAGCCUAUUUAUUUGUAUUUAUUGUUUUAAAAUGAGAAAUGUUUGCGCUUUACAAUCGCCCACCGCCUGACGUUGCACGAGGAGCUCCGCCAGCCCCCCGCCAGCAUCGCUCCCACGAAGCAGCACACACGAAAACCAACCCGGUGGAAGAGCUGCAGGGUCUUCCCCCAGACCAGUCUUUUUGAAAGUGGGAGGUUUGGCCUGGCUUUCCUAACGGUUGAUUUUUAUUUUUGGUACCCCUCGCUAGUUUUUAACAUCCGCGAAUUCCAUGUGGCUGUACGCGUGCGUGUAUACGAGCGCACAUACCGACGUACAUGCACUCAUUUUUCUAACAAACCAAGGAAGACCACAGGCUUUUGUGUUCUGAGCUGUUUAUAUCUCGUUUAAAUAAUCACGGGGGGAUUGGACAGCUUGAGCAAUAGGCGUUUUAUCUACAUGGGGAAUAUUUAGGAUGCCGAAUUCAUGAUUAAACUUCAAGACGUAUCUAGUCUCUGUCCGUGUUGCACGCGGGUAUCUAAGUGCCUUAGCCAUCUGGUUCAGAGGUCCAAGGGAGAGAUACAUUGUCAUCAAAGGAGAUCGGGAUGCUUAGUGAAGGAGAUAAUUAUGCUGAUUUACUGUAAUUAAUAUCAUUUAUGCAGAAGGAAUAAAAUUAAAAUAGAAACUAAUCUGUAGCUGAAAUAAGCGGGAUGGGUUACAAUGCAGCAGGCGUAGUGCUGCCAGGGACUCGUGUAUCCUUUCAGCUUUAUGUAACUAGCUUCAGCGUCUCCUAAAUUUUCAUAGAGAAAUCUUAAUAUAUAAUGUACAGACCGGCUUUUAAAGGCAUUUUUAGUGUACAGUUUUGUUCUCCUUUUCCUUUGCACGAAGCUCCUGUCCUUUCAAGCCCAGACGAUGGGAGAAAUUUAGUAGUAAGGAAUUCAGAUGCUAAAACCUCGGGGUUUUUUUUAAGAUUGUAACUGUUUUUAUAGACAUGAUCCAUGCAAGGAGACAACAUUUUGGGGUGUGAUGAGUCUUGCUGAUGAAAGACCACCCACUAAUUAACACGACGCCUCUUAUACUGCCUUGUGUGUUUUCUAAACCCCAUCUUUAAGGUUUUUCUACUUGCACUUUGUUCUGAUGUGCUACCGAAUGUUAGCUAACGUGAAGCAGCCCCCUAACCAACAGGUUUUUAUAGUCUCAGCAUUUCAUUUACUGGAUUUAGGGAUAUCUUUGAAACUCGGUGUCUGCGAGGUGGCCCCUUUGGGGGGGAUAGGAGGGAAGAACCUGUCCAAGUCCUCCUGAACCCUCUUCAGGACUGGUUUAUCAAAGGUGCAGCAGUGAAAGGGUGAAGCAGCAGCAGCUGGGCUAACAGUUCGCUGUGGAUUCUACCCGCUAUAAAUUCCUCCGGCCGUAUUUAACUACACUUUUGACUCUAUAAGGACUUAUUUAAAUGUUUGCACAUCUGGGGCAUGUGCUUGGAGGCUGCAGCCAACUGAUGCGGGGUGGAUUUCCUCUUCCACCCGCCCUCAGUCGCGUUACAAAACUGUGCUGUAUGUUUGCAGAGGGGCACGGAGCCUGGUCUGAACAGCACUUGCUUGCUGCCUCCUCUAGGGGAAAUGGUCCUGGAAGGAAACAUCCUAAAUACGGCUUUGGGCUUUCACCGUCUUGUUUGACUUUUGAAACUAAGCCUCUCCUCAAAUCCUACCUGCCCCCCCAAAAAAUGCACCUAUCCCAACCAAAUCACGGCACAAGCUCCCCAAAGCCAAACAAAUCAGAUUUGGCCAUGAGGAUGCUCUUGGAGGACUUCUCUGGCUCCCUCCUGCCCCCUCCAACUUUCCCAGCCACCUGAGGUUUCUUCUCAAGAUGCUUCCCUCUGUUUGGGCGCAGUGAGUGCACAUCCCUCUGCUCAAAGCCAACUGUUAUUCUGCACCAGCUAACCAGAAAGCAUCAGUUUAAACCAUGAUGAAGGUAAAUUUAUUAUUUUUUUUUAAAAUUGAUAACUAGCAAUAGAAACACUCUACCCUCAGCAUAAAGGAGGAGGUGCUCUUAACUGGAACAGCCCAGCCAAGAGGCUGGCGCAUUAAUAGCUAUGCAUAUUUUUUUCCAAGAUUUUUCAUGCACUUUAUACAGGGAAGAAUAAUAUUUAAUGCAGGAAGUGUAAUUUGUAGCAAGUGUCUCAUCUCCUGUGUCUGCUUGGCUGUGUCAGCUUGCUUUCUGUAUCUGUGAACUGUGGUCGAGUCUCGGUUUCUGGGGGUAGAAAAUCAGGUUGGUGGGGGCGAAAAUGUGGCGGUCCACCCGUGUCAGCAGCUCGGUACCCCCGCACCCCUGCACGUGGAGCAGGAUUUGGCCGUGCAGGGUCGUUUGCUCCAAGUCAGCCGAGAGGAUGCUUUUUUUGUGGGGAGUUUUUUGGGGUUUUCUAAGCCAAGCCAAGACUUUUUACUGUGCUGUGCUCAACACUCUUGCGGUGUUCUGAUCUUUUUGGCCAAAAUAAUAUCUUUUCGGCUCAAGGGCCUUGGCUCUUUGCUGUUUAAUGAUGUAGUUUAGCUGAGGAAAACCAGGAGAAACAAGUCCCACCUGGGAGUAUCGCCCACGUCCUUAAAAAAAGAGCUGUGCAGGGGCUCAGACCUCCCCACUGUGCUGCUGCCUGGACGCAGCUGCCCAGCCCCAGGCUGGGAGGCUCAGCACCUCCUUGCUCUGCUACGAACCAAGAGCCUCCAGCUCGUUGUGCCUGGUGGUCCCGAAAACUGAUCCGAAGCGAGCUUGGGCGAUGCACGGGCCUGUUCACACUGUACCGGAGCUGCCGAAGAGUCUCUUUUCUAUAUCGAUGCUUGUGUUGUCCUCCCGCUGGCACUGCCAGCUCUUUGCACAAGAAGUUCAGUUUUCGCAGUGCCUUAUCCCCAGGUCAGCAACUAGUGCAGCGAGGAGGUUGAUUCGCACUGACCUCGAGUCUCUGUAGCUUCUAGGGAAUGAAGAUCGUGGUAGGUAAAUGUGCAGACUGGUCACACUACAAAACCCUCUUGAGCUGGGGUGACAAAUAAGUGUCUUGUUCCUGUAUUUCCUUUAUCCAUCCCUGCUUUCCCUGAUGCAGGAGCCGCGCUCCCUGCUUUGCCCCAGGGCACCCCAAAAGUGCCCCAUAUGUGCCUCUUGCAGCCCCUGCACGUUUUGCUUUUUCACCCCCAGUCAUGCCCACCGUGUCUUGGGAGCCUCUUCCAGCUCGUCUUUCUUUCUGUUGAUUUUUUUGUAAAUGUAGUGGGUCUGUAUAUAAGGAGUGGAUAUUUACACUGUGGUAUCACGUGUUGAUUGGUGUACUUUAAAUGAGCUAAAAUCCAAAGAUACUUUGUAAUGAGCUGUAAAGUUUUUAAUUGUUUCUGUACAAUACUAAAUUACUGUAAUAUUGUAUUAUACAUGCGAUGCAGCCUGCAGUACCUAAAUAAACUCCUUUAGAGCCU